AUGUAUCUAAUUCAGUUUAUUCAUAUAUGCUUCACUCUAUUUAAAUCUAUUUCAACCAUAUCUAUCUAUCUAUCUAUCUAUCUCUCUAUCUAUCUAUCUAUUUCAAUGUAUAUCUAUAGCAAUCAAUCUCAAAUCGUUCAUAUCUUUCUCACUCUAUUAAUAUCUAUCAAUCUCAUUCUGUUAAUAUCUAUCUAUUUCAAUUCUUUAUCUAUCUAUCUCAAUCUGUAUCUAAUUCAUUUUACUCAUAUCUGUCUCACCCUAUUAAAAUCUAUUUCAAUUAUAUCUAUCUAUCUAUCUAUCUAUUUCAAUUCUAUAUCUAUCUAUCUCAAUAUGUAUCUAUCUAAUUCAGUAUAUUCAUAUCUGUCUCUAUUUAAAUCUAUUUCAACUCUAUCUAUCUAUCUAUCUAUCUAUCUGUUUCAGUCAAUCUCAAGUCGUUCAUAUCUUUCUCACUCUAUUAAUAUCUAUCUAUCUAUCUUUUUCAUUCUGUUAAUAUCUAUCUAUCUAUCGAACUAUCUAUCUAUUUAUUUAUCUAUCUAUAUAUCUCAUUUUGUUAAUAUCUAUCUAUCUAUCUAUUUCAAUAAAUCUCAAGACGUUCAUAUCUUUCUCACUCUAUUAAUAUCUAUCUAUCUUUUUCAUUCUGUUAAUAUCUAUUUAUCUAUCGAACUAUUUAUUUAUCUAUCUAUAUAUCUCAUUUUGUUAAUAUCUAUCUAUCUAUCUAUCUAUCUAUCUCAUUCGUUUAAUAUGUAUCUAUCUAUCUAUUUUAAUCUAUCUAUUUCUAUUAAUCUCAAUUUGAUCUGUCUAUCUAUCUAUCUAUCUAUCUAUCUAUCUAUCUAUCACGAACCUUUUGUUUCGCACUAUACCGAUAAUUCUUUUCAGUGGCACUGA